CAUGAACUAGAGGCUAAAGCAAAUCAUAAACAUCCUCUGACAAUUUUGAGCACUGCACUUUGGACUUUGGACUUUGGAGGCGACAACAAUGGCGUUAUCAAUAUCAGCCACUCCACUUCGAGCUCCACUUUAUAAAUCACCUCCAAAACUUCCUUUACCCCAAACCUUUUCUCUCUCUCAUAAUAUAUAUAUUAAUCCCCUACUCAAAACUUCCCUUAAAUGUGUGGCAGCUCCACGUCAACUUAUUGUUCCUUGUUCUGCAAAUCGGCGCUCAUCAGAUAAUUCUGAAUUAGUUGGUGAAGAAGAUGAAGACAUAUCUUUUCGAAACAGAUUAACUCAAGCUGUGUUGUGGGUUAUGGAAGGCGUCUACAUUCUGUGGCUCUUUUUGCUUCCUUAUGCUCCUGGAGAUCCUGUAUGGGCUAUCAGUUCUGACACCAUCAAUUCUCUUGUGGGCCUUUCUUUGAACUUUUUCUUCAUCUUGCCGAUAACGAAUUCUGUUGGUAUUCAUGCUAUGGAAGCCCCAGUUCUUCACCCAAUGUCAGAAGGGCUCUUCAACUUUGUUGUGGGAUGGACCUUCAUGUUUGCUCCUCUGCUGUACACUGAUUUUAAGAAUGACAGAUACAAGGGAUCCCUUGAUGUAUUAUGGGGACUUCAGAUGUUCCUGACAAACACAUUCUUAAUACCCUACAUGGCUAUCAGACUAAAUGAUGCUGACGUGAGUGACUACCCAAGAAAGGCCUCUCAACUGGGUAGUGUUAUGGUCAAAGGUGCGCCUGUAGUUGGUUUGAUUGGUGGGCUUGUGUGUGCGAUAUCUGUUCUAUGGUCUCUGUAUGGAAGAAUGGAUGGCGAUUUUGGAAGUUUAAGUGACCGCUGGAAUUUCUUGUUAAAUUAUCUAGGAUCCGAGAGGCUGGCUUAUGCAUUUAUCUGGGAUAUUGUUCUUUACAUGAUAUUCCAGCCUUGGUUGAUUGGUGGAAACCUAGCAAAUGUUGCACAAAACAGAAUUGUGUUCGUCAAUUACGUUAGAUAUAUACCGGUUGUUGGCUUGCUUGCUUAUCUUCUUUGUCUGAAAAGAGAGGGAGUUGUAGAGCAGCUUGAAUGAUUUAAUUAGGAAAAUAGCUCACUUGCAGGAGUAUUUAUAUCUAAAUUAUCCUCUUACACAUUGUAGUCAAAUCUGCUGGGACAGAUUCUCCUCAAAAAACAAAAACAAGCUGCUGGGACAGACAUUGUUGUAAUAGUUUCCAAUAGUCAUGGUACUUGAGAAUCGCUGAUGACAAAAAAAUUUCAUGCUUCUGUAACCUACCAAUGAUAAAAAGAAAAUGGAUUUAUUUGUUUCAUAUUCA